CUACUGGGGACUAUCAUCUGCAAAUUGCAACUCUCUACCUAAGCAAACUAUCUAUCAUAGUGCUAGUAAUAGAAAAAUUCAGACAAGAAAAACAGCUGUUUCCUCUUUGACUCAUUUCUUCUGUUUUUUUUUGUGUUUUUUUCCUCCCUCUCUCCAAUAAAGCAAGUACUAGUAUAGAAUAAAGUGCGAGGUGGGAAAAGGGCUAAAGGGCCAAACAAAGGGCUGAGUGCUUUGCUUUGAGAUUGUAAAGGUACAAGCUUGAGGUACAAGGGGGAAGGAAAAGUUUUAACGGAGGGGUUUUAGUUAAUGCCUAGAAAUGAUUUUCUCCAAGGUUUCUGUAAUGUGGAAAGUUUUGGCCUUGGUGGUGCUGGUGUUAUUGGGUUCAUGGGUUUCUUGUGGAACAGCUUCUGUUUCCUAUGACAGUAAGGCUAUUAUUGUUAAUGGCCAAAGGAGGAUUCUUAUAUCUGGAUCCAUUCAUUAUCCUAGAAGCACUCCUGAGAUGUGGCCGGAUCUUAUUCAGAAGGCAAAAGAGGGAGGCUUGGACGUGAUCGAAACUUAUGUUUUCUGGAAUGGACAUGAACCUCAACCUGGCAAAUAUUACUUUGAGGGUAGAUAUGAUCUGGUUAAAUUUGUCAAGCUGGUGAAGGAAGCAGGGCUUUAUGUUAAUCUCAGAAUUGGUCCUUAUGUCUGUGCUGAAUGGAACUUUGGGGGUUUUCCAGUUUGGUUAAAGUAUGUUCCGGGCAUUAGCUUUAGAACAAACAACGGUCCUUUCAAGGCCGCAAUGCAAAAAUUCACGACCAAGAUUGUGAAUAUGAUGAAAGCCGAGAGGUUAUAUGAACCUCAGGGUGGUCCAAUAAUCCUAUCGCAGGUUGAGAACGAAUAUGGGCCUAUGGAGUAUGAAUUAGGUGCCCCUGGUCGAGCUUAUACGGAAUGGGCAGCCAAAAUGGCUGUGGAUCUAGGCACUGGUGUCCCUUGGGUCAUGUGCAAGCAAGAUGACGCACCUGAUCCUGUUAUAAAUACAUGCAAUGGCUUCUACUGCGACUACUUCUCCCCAAAUAAGGCUUAUAAACCCAAGAUUUGGACGGAAGCUUGGACUGGCUGGUUUACUGAAUUCGGAGGUGCGCAACCUUACCGUCCUGCUGAAGACUUGGCAUUUUCUGUUGCAAAAUUUAUUCAAAAAGGGGGUUCCUUUAUUAAUUAUUACAUGUAUCAUGGAGGAACAAACUUUGGCAGGACAGCUGGUGGACCAUUUAUUGCCACUAGCUAUGAUUAUGAUGCUCCUCUUGAUGAAUAUGGACUAUUACGGCAACCCAAAUGGGGUCAUCUUAAGGAUUUACAUAGAGCACUAAAGCUCUGCGAACCAGCACUAGUAUCUGGAAAUCCCACUGUGACGCCUCUUGGAAAUUAUCAAGAGGCUCAUGUUUUUAAAUCAAAAUCUGGAGCUUGUGCAGCAUUUCUCGCCAACUACAACUCUCAAUCUUUUGCAAGGGUUGCUUUUGGCAAUAUGCACUACAACCUGCCUCCCUGGUCUAUCAGCAUCCUUCCUGACUGCAAGAACACUGUGUAUAAUACUGCAAGGGUUGGUGCUCAAAGUGCACAGAUGAAAAUGAAUCCUGUUAUUAAGGGCUUUUCUUGGGAGUCAUACAAUGAAGAAACAGCAUCAUAUGAAGACAACACGUUUACAGUUUCUGGGUUGUUGGAGCAGAUAAAUGUCACCAGAGAUAAUUCAGAUUAUUUGUGGUAUUCAACAGAAGUGAGAAUUUACCACACCGAAGGAUUUCUAAAAGGCGGAAAAUGGCCUGUUCUUACAGUUAUGUCAGCCGGUCAUGCUUUGCAUGUCUUCAUCAAUGGUCAGCUAUCAGGAACUAUAUAUGGUAGUCUGGAAAACCCGAAAAUAACUUUCAGUCAAGGUGUAAAUCUGAGGGCCGGAGUUAACAAGAUUUCACUCCUAAGUAUUGCUGUCGGUCUCCCGAAUGUUGGUCCCCAUUUUGAAACAUGGAAUGCUGGUAUUCUCGGGCCCGUUUCACUUUAUGGUCUUAAUGAGGGGAGAAGAGACCUAACGUGGCAGAAAUGGUCUUAUAAGGUUGGUCUGAAGGGAGAAGCCUUGAGUCUACAUUCCCUUGGCGGGAGCUCUGCUGUAGAGUGGGGUGAAGGUUCUUUUGUUGCCGAGAGGCAGCCACUUACCUGGUACAAGACUACUUUCAGUGCUCCAUCCGGAAAUGAGCCUUUGGCUUUAGAUAUGAGUGCCAUGAGCAAAGGUCAAGUGUGGAUAAAUGGUCAGAGCAUUGGAAGGUAUUAUCCUGCAUAUAAAGCAUCUGGUAAUUGUGGUGCCUGCAGUUAUGCUGGGUCAUUUAAUGAGAAAAAAUGCCUCAGUAAUUGUGGGGAGGCCUCACAAAAAUGGUAUCACGUCCCUCGCUCCUGGUUAUAUCCAACUGGAAACUUGUUAGUUGUAUUUGAAGAAUGGGGAGGAAAUCCAUAUGGCAUAUCUUUGGUAAAACGAGAAGUAUCGAGUGUAUGCGCAGAUAUUUAUGAAUGGCAACCAACAUUAGUAAAUUGGCAGUUGCAAUCAUCAGGUAAAGUCAGCAAACCCUUGAGGCCAAAAGCCCAUCUCUCAUGUGCUCCUGGUCAAAGAAUAUCAUCGAUCAAAUUUGCUAGCUUUGGAACGCCUGAAGGGACUUGUGGAAACUUCCGUCAGGGAGGCUGUCAUGCUUUCCAUUCUUAUGAUGCUUUUGAAACGUAUUGCAUUGGGCAGCAAACAUGCUCGGUCACAGUAGCACCUGCGCUUUUUGGUGGCGAUCCGUGUCCAAAUGUGAUGAAGAAACUUUCUGUCGAGGCGGUUUGCAGUUGAGAUGAUCUUCUUAUCAGCAGUGGCACAGCAGCUAUGGCCUUGGAUCCAAGAUACUCUUUACUUUCGCUAUGAUUUUUCAGAUAUUUUAAGCUAUGGCACAUCCAAUUCUUGCACUACGACUCCUCCUUUUUUCGGCUUUGCUGGGGUGAAGUUGUAAAGAUAGGCAACACACCGUCGGUCCAAAGCUCUUAGACCGUGAAGAAGAAGAUGGUUUUAAGAAUUUUAAUGUAUACAGAGUAGUAGCUAUUAAUUAUCCUUCUAGUUCUGGCCUGCAAGUGUACAAGAGUUUAGAGUUGGAAGGAUAUGUUUAGAAGCACAUCGAGACGAUUCUAGUUGAGUCCAUGUGCAAAUGUACUGGUAGUCCUAUAGAUUAUGUAAGCUUUUGGCUUUCAGGGAUUCCAGCAUCAUCGUAUUUUACAUGUAAAAAGAUAAAGAAAAAAGCAGCCAUCUCAUUGCUUUGCCAUUGUAGCAAUGCUUGCCAUUGCAGUAAUAACACAAACAAUCAUUCUUCUUCCUUUCA